CGCCAACUCUUCAACGCGGCGUCAUGGCGCAGCCGUUUCCUUAUACGUAUUAUUCCUGUGAUUGCUAUGACAGCAAAAUCACCCCAAACCCCUCAAAACGUGCUUCACAACCUCCGCCCGCUGAUGAUGAAGACGAGCGAACUUUCGAUCCCAGAAACCCCCGAUCGAACUACUCCUUAUACCCUCUUGAACAUCUCCUUUAUUGUGAGGAUUGCCAGCAAAUACGAUGCCAGAGGUGUGUUAUAGAAGAGACUCUGAAUUGGUUUUGCCCGAGCUGCUUGUUCGAGGUUCCAAGCUCUGUGAUCAAGAGCGAUGGGAAUAGGUGUACGAGAAAUUGCUACAACUGCCCAGUAUGCACGUCACCUAUGACGGUCAACUCUCUAGAGAACCCCGCCGACCCCUCCAGCUCUGGCGGACCCUGGAUUCUCGCUUGCCCGUAUUGUCACUGGAGCACUGUUGAAAUAGGAAUUGAGUUCGAGAAGCACACCGGGAUUACGUCUCAGUUAACGCGCAUUGGAAAUGGAGGGAAAGCUAUCCCGACACCAAAGGAGCGUGACAAAGAGCGUGAGCGACGGAAAGAAUUGGAGACCAUGAAGAAAGACCGCGAUGUUCUCUCCGGAUCCGAAGACUCUCCCACGACGGAUCGCGGCCGAGAUGACGGUCCUCCCAGCCAUGACGACAUAUUCUCAAACCUCUCCGCCUUCUACAAAUCCCAAAUUGCGUCUCAGACGCCAUCGAACCCGUUCUCCCCACACGAGAUCAACUUUUCCUCUCCCUCAUCCUUCUCGCGAAUAAUGAAUCUCUAUUCUAGCACCACAUCUAAAAAGCAGAAGCGUGAGAAACCUGCUCCCAUGCGCGAAGCCGCGUCUGUCCUCGAAGGUCUCAUCAUCCAUGACCCCUCCGAAGACGCCGCAGCUAUCGAACGAAUCAAGAAAGAAGGCUGGUCCAGCACGCUCUCAUCUACUCAAAAAUUUGCUCAGCCAAUACCCACCAUCCGGUUCGACUCCGAGCUGCGCCCCAUCGCCAGCCUCCUCUGCACCAAGCGCGGAAAACGGUGUCGCAGCUGCCGUCACAUUCUCUCGAAGCCCGAAUCUAAAAUUACAUCCACCCGUUACAAAAUCAAACUCCUCGCUCUGAAUCACAUACUCCGCCUCUCCCUUCGAGCCCUCUCUACUACAACUAUACAACCCGGAACCCCAUCCCCCCUAGCAUUCGACUACAACAAUCUCAAAAGUGGGAUUCCUACACACUUCCUCCUUCACCUAUCCAACCCGCUGUUCGACCCAAUUCGUGUCACCCUGGCUACGCCUUCUACAACACCAGGCAAAAUCCAAUCCAGAGUUACGAUUUUGUGUCCGCAGUUCGAAGUCGGCGCCAACACCGAUGUCUGGGACGAUGCCCUCUCUUCCUCCCUCAGUCCCAUAAAAAAGCCAACUUCGAUUGGUCCAGACGGCCAACCGCAAACCUCCAUCGAAGCUGGCAAAAUCUGGGACCGUGGCCGAAACUGGACUAGCGUCAUUAUAGAAGUCAUCCCGGGGUUUGUUGGUGGUAUUGGGUUUUCAGUCGGAAAGAGUGACCCAGAGGAUGAAUUAGAUGAAGAUGAGGACGUCCUCGAGAUCCCGAUAUUCGUGAGGUUGGAGUUUGAGGCGGAUGUGAAUGCCGAGGAGAGGGGACUAGGGGAUUCGAGAGGAGAGAGAGGGGCGAGGGAGAAGAGGGAGGAGGCUUUUUGGACGGUGGUGGGGGUAGGAAGGAUCGCGAAGAUGUAGCUAGUAGAUAC